AUGAUUGAAAAGCAGCAGCAGCACCAUACCAUGAAUCUUCAACAAAGUGACGCUGACUUGAUGUCCAUGAAGUCAUGCUGCUGUUCAAAUGAAGGAACUCACUGUGGUUGUAGAUCCCACAAUGUGAUUUUCCAGCCACAGAUGGUUGCAGCAAAUCCGUGUUCACUGUGGAAGACAUUUCUGGUGUGUCUGCUGGCUUGUCUCGUUGCCACAGCCAUUACAGCCCUGGUCUUUUAUUUUGGCUAUUUCGGUAAACCCACCAGCAACACCACUGUCAUCGUUCACAUAGAUGGAAAGUCCAGCCCGGCCACUGACUGCAUUGCUUCUACCCCUCCUCCUGCCCCACCAACCACAUCACCUGCACCUGAGAGCUCACCUGCACCUGAGAGCCCACCCACACCUGAGGAGAGCUCAUCAACACCCACCCCCGGGGACAACCAAAGCUCGUCCACCAAUGCAGCAACAUCGACUCCAACUACAACUAGCACCCUAACUACAGAACACGAGGCCGAAAUUGAAAUUGAUGAUGACUAUUUUUAG